CCAGUUGAUCUGCCCAGGCGCAGCGCAGGCGCAGUGCAGUCACACUUUCCAUUGCUACUCGCGCGCCGCCUCGAAGUGAAGUGUUGUGUCCGUGAUGUGUGCUUGUCUAUAAUUUGUGAUAAACUUUAUGCGGACUGUUAUGGGUGUUAAGAUGAACGGUUCGCGUUGGUGGCUCGCGCUGGUGCUGCAGAGCCUGCUGCUGACGGCCAGCAGCGGAAGAAGCGGUAAACACCACCAUCACCGUCGGUCCAUGCCAACACAGGCGACAAUGCCAGUAUCCAAAAGCGGCUGGAGACCCGUGCUCAGUUCAGGGGGCGUUUUGUACGGAACUUUCGCGGGCGCGCAUCAGAGCCCCGCAUACAAAAUACCAGUUCCUGUCCUAGAUUUAUAUCCUUCAUCCUCGCGCCCGCUAGUCGCUAGAGACGCGACUAAACUGACAUCCAUAGCCCAAAGCUAUAGACCUACCACACUGAGGACAGUUUCCGCCGCGCCCCCCGCUCCCCCCGCGAACCAACCAAUUAAUUCCUACCACAACCCAUUUGCCGUACCCAACGGAUACACCUAUAAGUACAUCCAAAACAUUCCUUUAGACAGCGUCCUGAUUCGAAACCCUCAACAUCCGUUCGCCGCUCGACCAGUCUUCAAAUAUCCUCCAAAGAUCAAGCCAUCGUACCACAACACCAUGUUGCAGCAACUAACGAAUAUACAACCGAUCCAUUUUGGGCCGUAUCCUGGGAAUAAGCCUUUAGAGUUCGCGAAACCGGUGGAGGGUUACGCGCGGCCGGAGGGGAGCAAGCAGUCGCAUGGUACGGAGGUUUUCAAGCCUGAGGUCUACAAACUGUCUGACAGCGACACAGCCUCUCAAUCUAUAAGCCAGCAAGUGAAGACAGCCCAGCAGACAUUCACGGCGACCCCGAAGACACCGGCCUACUCACACUAUACGUACCAAGAUGCUUUUCCACCGAGCAUUUUAGGAACAUUUGGCUCGUUUGGCGUCCAAUCAGUGAAAGCGAGAGACCCGGUGUUCCCCCCCGCCAAGACCACGUAUCUGCCCCCGCAGCCUACUAAGCAGACCAUCUUCAACUCCUUCAGUUUCUCCCCCUCCUACAAGACCCCCGCCGUCUUCAGCUCCACCACUCCCAAGCUACAGACAACUCUCAACCAGCUCAACUUUGGUUUCAACGACUACAAAACACCGACUCAACAAACCAAAGUAUCAGUUCCAGUGAAAAUCGACCCCAACGCUCAGACAAAGGUAUCUUUCAAGCCCAGCCCUCAAGAUCCAUUCAUCAACAAACACCUGAUCAAAGAUUACAACAAAGUUGUCGUUACAACAUACAACCCGAUUCAGACCACCACGUUAUCUAGUAACUUCUUCGACUUCGGUUUCCCCUCGCAACAUACACCCAUUCAAACCCAAAACUUCAAUAACUACGACACGAAGAAACAGAAGAUCCACGACAGCUUCACCGCUGGCGGCAACCAGGUGGUCAGCCAGGUCCCGCAGCACUACACCAGCCCCCCCAAACUAGACAUCAACUCUGUCAGCAGCAGACCAACAUACGAAGUCAUUGAAACCACAGACUCUGGACACGACAUUAUAACUCACUCUUCACCACCAGCCUGGACCUAUCAAUCUUAUGACAAUCCAAAGUCGACAGAGCCGUCGGUGACCAAGCAAUAUUUGGACAGCAUCUAUGGCAAUCCGACCUCAGCGCCCGACCUCCCCGACGAGUAUGCCAUCGUGACCGAGGGAGAGAAAGGCUAUCAGAACUCUUUGACCUACGACGGCCACGUCGAAUCUCAAAGCAGCCUACCUCUGAGUAAUGGUUUCGAACCCAUCGGUAAGCACAAGCUGAAAGAUUACUACUAUAAGGUGUCCACAACGUCAUACGACACAGAUGACAUAACAACAAGACGAACGAAAAACCCCACCGACGCACCAGACAUUGAAGUAACUACAACACACUUCGACAUUACCAACGAUAGAAACAAUGAAAAGCCAACGGAAGCACUGCCCACGCUGCCCCCGAAUAGACAUUUCAAACGACCUAGCCCUCAAGAUCCGCUGGAUAAAGACAAGAUUCGGAAGAGGAACAAGAAUAGAAGGCGUCGUCCUCCGCUAGCCAAUAUCAGCAACAAUACUAGUUCUACAACGCGGAAAUAUUACCAAACGACCACAGAAACCUCGCUGCUACAAACCACUGAGCCCGUAGAAAUUCACACAAUCAAACCCCGAGUCAGGCCUUUCAAACUAAAAGGUCAACCCAACCUGACAACACCAAGCAUCACGACCGACCUGACGACCAGCGCCUUGCCGACGAUCUCACCGACGAUACCCACACUAAUCAAAAAGAAACUCGUUCGUCGCCCUUUCACCACUACUACAGAAAGACUCGAAACUACAACUCAAGUAUACAGAGAUUCUGAAACCAGCAAUGAUUCACAAAUAAUGAAAAUAGCCAAUCGUCCCUCGUAUUCUAAGCUAUCGCAAUCAUACGAGUACAGAUCAAGCGAAACACCAGAUUACUCUCACAAGCAAGACGAGAAGGAUACGCCAACAAGCGAUAUCGCAGUAAACCUGAGCGAGACGACAAUCCGACAUGAAGCGGACCAAGCGCCUGCGUUUGCCUUCCACAAAGAUGUCAAACCUAUUGAAGCUAAGUUAGAAACCACAACAGAAUCAGCUAAAGGUACCGAAGCUCCAAGCGAAGCGACCACUGCCAGCCUCGGAGAAACACCAGGAAGAGUACAAAGACCUAGACUCAAGAAUAAAUUCAACCGACCAAAAUUUAGUGUCAAAGAUUACAGAAAUCGUCUGAAUUCUACCACAAGUACAACUGAGAAAACAGAGUCAAAAGUAAGAUUCCCGCAACGAAGGGUGCCCGGCACUGAUAACUAUUUCAACACUGACGUUGAGGUAACUACAGAGAGAAAGAAAUUCAUGCCAAAAGAUCCGCGACACAAAUCCGGUAAUAAUUCUGAUAACAAUGAACAAACGGAGAAAGAGAUACACUCGAUCAGGCCACAGAGAACUAGGCCACCAGUGGAAGCUACCGAGGCAUCUACACAAAAAAUAUCAGCGCGUAUAAGAAACGGCCAGCGUCGUCCUAAACCUACCGAAGAGUAUACAGAAACGAGCCCUACCACUGUCCACAGCAAGCGGCCUCUGAGGAAGAAGAUAAAGGACUCCAGCGCUGAAGAAACACAAGAUAUACCUGUCACAGAAACCACAGUACAUUACGACAAGAACGCAUACACGUCAGAAAGGACAAGGUCUGAGAGCGCUAUAAUGAAAAUAGCUGAUAAAAAGCACCAAGAUCAUCAUUUGGAGCACGUAUUUGAGCAUUCUAAGCGGGUGUCCGACCUGACGUUAGCGGCGAGUAAGGACUACAACACGCCUGGCAUGUUUAAAACUGUGUCUUCCAGCAGCAGGCGGAUACCAAACUACUUCACGAUAGCUACAGACGACCCAAUCCUUCCAAUCGAGGCGUUCUUCCCACAGUUGAACCAGAAGAAGGACACGUAACAUUCCCAUAUUAAUUAAGUUUCCAAACCAAAUUCUUUCGGACUGCCAAAGUACUUCAUCUUAAGUUUGUACUUUACGACUGCACAAAUCUAAAACGGUCUGGAUUCGUCACUUUUUAUUUUCUCAAAUUUGAAAUUAUUUUGCAUUUACAUACCAAAUAAUGAAUGUGAUGAAUCAGACCUAAUAUUUUAUUUAUUGAUACAAAAUAUUUCACUAACUAAUCUCAUUGCGCUAUGUAUAUUUCUAAGACAUAAAAUAUACCAAAUUUUCCUGUGAAAUAAUGUAAAUGUCAGGAGAAAUAUGUUUGUGGCGUACACGUUGUUUAACAUUAUAUAUUGUUGUGUGUUUGUGUGUGUGCUGCUUAGCUUUGUGUGUCAGUGGGAUGGAGAGAUAUUUAUAUUUAAAUUAGUUGAUAGAUUUGUAAAUAAACAAUUUCUUAACAAAACACAA